UAUAUGAUGUGACACAUCACGCAUAUUUUGAUUUAGUCUAAAUAUGUAGACAUUUGAAUUAUUUAAUGAGUGGUGGAUUACGACAAGAAUUUCGAUGACGAUAUUGAAUCUUGAUGACAAAAUUAUUAUGAUUGAAAAGUAUAUAUAGUGUUUCAAUCUGAAAGAUUGCCAAUAUGAUUGAAAUUCUGGCAAAACUUGUUCGAGGCCCUGUGUAUUUUUCUGGAGAGAUUGUAGAAUGUUUGGUGACAUUUACUAAUCCUCCGAAUCCAAAUCAUCAAAUAUCACAAAGUCACAGUGAUCUAUUCGAGAGUCUUGCAUGGGCGAGUGCACAAGUCCAUUGCCAAUGUACAACGAACAGCAAAAUGGUAUUUUCAGAAAAAAUAAAUACUGCAGCUCGCUCAGUAGCAAUUAACGCAAAUACUACUUUUGCACCAUGGCAACAGGACAAUGGACAUGUAGUGCUGAAUACAAAGCCGAAAAUCUUAUGUUGUGAUUUAAGACUGUCACCUGGAGAAAGUAAGACUUAUAUUUAUCGUGAAACAAUACCAAGUGACGCUCCACCUUCAUACAGAGGACAAGCUGUAAAAUAUUCUUAUAAGAUUACUAUUGGAACACAAAGAGUGAAUACAGUUAUAAAACUGUUACGAGUACCAUUUAGAGUACUUUCUUUAAGUGAAUUACCAGAGAUAACAGCAUGCAAUGAUAGUGUGGAUCUGAGUCCGAACAAUCCGUUUAUGGAAACACAACAUAGGGAAACUCCACUAGAUAUUGCUCUUCAAACAUUGCAGAAUUUAACAGCCAGACGCAGUCCAAAUUUUUACAACGUGACAAACGGCCGCGGACGCGUAGUACGAUUCUGCCUCUUUAAGAAUUCCUACAAACUCGGUGAGGACAUUGUUGGAACCUUCGAUUUUUCGAAUGCGACUGUAUCCUGCGUUCAGGUAUCCGUGUCUCUACAGUCAGAAGAGCACGUGUCGGAGGAGUAUAAACGGGGAAAGACCGCAACGCCAACAUUGAUCAGCUACAACAAGCAUCACGAGAUGUGUCUCGGUCUCAAGUAUUCACACCUAGUGCUACCGAUACCUUUGCACGUUACGCCAGAUUUUACUACCGAUUUGGUGACACUCAAGUGGCGAUUGCAUUUCGAGUUCGUCACAACGCCAAAACUGAUGGACAUGCCCAAUAAGAAUACCAUAAGUUGGCAUGGACCGUCGAUUCUGAAUGUCGAAACGAUGAUUUGGGAUCUUCCGUUGCACAUUCAUCCGACCACUACUCCACCGAACAUGCCACAACAGACGAAAUACAACACCAUCAUAUAAGUACCAUAACAUAUGCACGUAUAUCUAAUAAAAUAUCAAUUAAUAUUAACAAUAAUAUAACACUAAUGUUAUAAUUUCAACAGUGUAAAUAUAAUAUAACACAUGUAUUCCAUAAUAGUUACAUUAUUGAAUAUGAAAUAAUAACAUUGAUGUUAUAUUAGUUGCUGAAUUAUUUAGCGUGUUCAUGUAAAAGAAGUGAAUUAUCGUUAUUUUAAUGUAAUAUAAAGAUAUAGUAUAUAAUUCUGCAUUUUGUGAUUUUCGUAUGCUUUGGUAAGUAUACGAUUAUUGUUGUUCCAUAUCUUAGAAAACAAUUUGCAUUCUGUAUGAUAAUUUAUUAUAUAUGAGAAAGAUAUAUAUAUAUUUUUCGUAUAUUUAUGUACAUAAAUAAAAAAAGUUAUGUAAUAAAGGAAAACGUUAGAAUAA